AUGCAUUCUAUAGUUCACCGCGCUGUUGGGGCUGCCCUGUUGGGCGCUGUCGGCGUACGAAGCCACGGACAUGUGAGCAAUAUCGUCAUCAACGGCCAAUCUUACGAGGGCUACGAUCCGACCACGUUCCCCUAUAAGCAGAACCCCCAUCGUAAUCGGUUGGGCUACGAAGCAAACCGACAACGGCUUCAUCGAACCGUCCAAUUUCGGCUCGUCGGAUAUCAUCUGCCACAAAGCGCCACGCCCGCCGGGGCCACGCUACCGUCGCGGCGGGCGACCAGAUCCUCAUUACUUGGAACACCUGGCCGGAGUCGCAUCACGGCCCGGUGCUGGCUCGUCGAGAUUCCGAAGAGCAUCCGCGCCGGCGAUUACGUGUUGAGGCACGAAAUUAUCGCACUGCAUACUGCCGGACAAACGAAUGGCGCGCAGGCGUAUCCCCAGUGCAUCAACCUUCGCAUAACGGGAGGCGGAGAUGAGCGGCCCGCAGGAGUGCGUGGAACGAAGCUAUACAGCAGCGGAGACCCUGGGAUCAAGUUCGACCUGUACAGAUCAUUCAGCAGCUACGACAUUCCAGGACCUGAUCUGAUCGAUGGCGCAGAGCCGGUGAGACAAUCUUCGCCCGCUGCUUCGGCGACGGCCACUGCAACGGUUGGCUCUGGCCUCGGUGCAGCACCGACUUCCGAAGCGGGCGGGAGAAAUAACGGAGGAGGGUCAUCCACGGACUCCGAUGAUUCAACUGGAAACGGAGGUUCUAGGUUAUUUGGUUCAGGCCAAGCUAAAUAG